GUCUUUGAUCUCUUACGGUACCGCUAGCUCGCGUGCCUCGCGGAGGACGUAACACACCUUGGGGGUUCCGACCACCAUGUAUCAUGCGUGAACCUGGAAGACACGCCACAUAGCCCGGAGGAUCAGUGACUGAGAGGGGGGCAAAGUUGGGAAGAAACUGCGGUGUGAGUGCGGGCUGCCAUGGGGGAAAUCAAGAGUGCCAAGACCAACCCGGCAGCGACGGCGAGCCUUUUGUCCAAGAUAUUUUUCUGGUAAGUCGACUAAACUUCCCGGAUGGUAAAGCGGCCGGUAAAGCUAAAGCAAACCGAUCGCGGGGGAUUUGAACAAGUGGGCUGUAAGUGUGGCAACAGUUGAGUUUCCUGGUGUUAAUUUCAACCCUACAGUGGCAUUAAACCUUAAACAGGUAGAGGUGAACAAAGUAGAAACGAGAGGGAAGAGUUGAAGAAACUCUGACUAUGUUUACAAGUGGGCCACAGAUGGUUAAAAUAAGUUGUUUUACUUGUUUCAAGUGGAUGCUGGACAAAUAAAGAUUUGUCUCCUCACUGGAAAGCUUCUGGAGAGUUUAUGUAAUGACAGUUUCCUGUUGAAUCAUCUGCUGUAGUUACUUAAGUCUAAAUUUGACACGUGUGCUAUCUCCUAAUCAAAUACACAAUGUACAUUGUGUACUGUGAGCAUUACAUAUGUAUGGAAGCCCAAAGUAGACAUACUAUCAGUACAUUUGAGUUUUUUUCUCUUCAUCAAGAGAUAAUUACUUGAGCCAACUUAAUGUCAAAGGUGAUAACAAGCAGAAAUAAACAGUCCUGGAUGAAAUAUCUACUUCAUGGACUUGGGUAAAGUUUCAAAUUGUAAAACAAAAGAGUUAAGAAGUAGAGUAGAGGCGUACCGGGACAGGUCGUUUCCAAAAUCACACAAAAACACGCACAAAUCACUACCUGUGUCUGCACAAUCAAGGGAACGUCUGGUCAGAUCUGGGGAGCAAACCAUACAGCUUUACUAAAUAAUUCAUUGUUUUGAAUCGAGGAACACCAGUAACCUUAAUGAUGACAACUUUGUUGCAUGGCAACAGAGGAGGAGGCUUCUAAAGUGCUUGAACUGAGGGUUUUCCCAGACACAAAUCUGACAAGAAGAGAAGUUACAACAAAUCUAUCAGAAGGGCGACACAGGCUGUGUUCACACUGCAGGUCAAUUCCGAUUUUUUAACCAUAUGUGACACAUAUCUGAGUUUUUCAUGUAAGUGUGAACAGUGCAUUUCUGAUUUUUCAAAUCCGACCCAGGCCUCUUUUGUAUGUGGAUAUAAAUCGGAUAUGUAUCCGAUGUGACUGCAGCGUGGACACUCAGGUCGCGCUCAUCUAAUGUCAUCAAUAUGCGACAAACUUUCACCAUUGUUCGACAACACAAACAGGAGCAGAAAGCAAUUUGUGCUUUGUGCGCAUGCGGGUCACUUCACGGACGCAUUCCGUUCACAUUAGAUGUCGCAUUCGUUAUUUUAAUGUGAACGACCGCACAAAAAGAUUUAACAAAAAAUCCCAAUUGUGCAUCAUAACCUGCAGUGUGAACGUAACCAUAAAGUCUGAAAAUGAGCUUUAUAACCCUUUUUUAAAAUCACCAGGAAGUGAACUGUUGGUGAUUAUGUGACUGACACCCCCUCUUCACUCCCUUCAUCAUGUCCCCCCCUCCAGGUGGCUCAAUCCGUUGUUCACCACCGGAUCUAAACGCAGGCUGGAGGAAGAUGACAUGUUUGAAGUGCUCACUGAGGACCGCUCGCAGAACCUGGGACAGCAUCUGCAAAGGUAGACGUAUCUGUAAAAACAUCUGCUUACUUUUGAGACUUUUAUCCAAGUCCAUUAUCAGACGUAGGAGCUGUCCAAGAUUCUUAUCAAGAUUUUACGAGUUGAAAACUCAAUCUUAAACUGGUUUACAUCACAUUCCCUCUUGUCGUAAAAGAGAAUCGGUUCCUGUUUAACUUUAACCUUCCGUUUCUACAGCUCAAAAGCUGAAAAAGAGCAGGUGUGUCCAGUGAAAGUGAGUUGUGUUGAUAUAAUAAGACAUGAUAUGGCGUAUGUGUACAUACACAAGUUAAAGUAAUCACAUCAGUAUCCGCCAAAAUCCCCUUUUCAGCUUGUCUCCAUGAAUACAGACAAAACAGUUUUCCAAAUCCUUUGUUGUCACUGUCAUACAGAUCUGUUCGCAUGAGAAUGUAACGCCAAAACAGAGGGAGAAAAUACUGCGUUCUCCAAAAACGCCACAAAUGUCUGUACAGAGCUGUGCUACAGAUUCUUUAAUAAGCUUACUGGAAUUCACAUCACACCCUCGCUGAACAGCCACUCAAACCGAACCUUGCAUCUCAUUGAUUAACCACUUUACAGAGCAAGGUGUGAAACAUGUAGGGAAACAGCAGAGCAGCUCAAACCAGUAUGUUGUACAUAGGCAGCCACAUGUAGAGAGAGGCAAGCAGAGAGAGGAGCAGGAGGAGGCAAACAAGUCAACUUGCUCCAUGCAGCUGCCUCCUCUUUCCUUGCCUUUGUAUGUAAACGUCACUUGUACACGUGGGAGGUUAAUCUAAACGGGAGCUCAUAAAGAUAAACUGCUAUACAGUAUUGAACAAGGUUGUAAACAACGUAGCAGUAAAGUCAUUUUGGCUGUUUACACAUUAUCUCUCACAUAUACUAGCGCUAUAUUAAAUCACCAUCAAUUGCCAGUUAUUGAGACAGUCUGUAAGUUUCUGCAGUGCCUGACUCGUGCUCAAAUACUCAGAUGUCAUAUAUGUGGGGCUAUUUCACAGAUAGAGAUGUCACACGGCUCUUAAGAUAACAAGCAGCUCCAAUACAGCUCACAAUCUCAAUCUCAGCUUCCUCAUUAACUUUUGAAAUGUACCCCCUGACCCAACUUUUGACCCCUGCAGGUGAGAUAACUCAGACUCACUUAGUUAAAAUGUUUUGCACUGUUGUCAAUAAUCAGCCAAUCUCAGAGACCAUAAAUUAACCUGAAAAUGUGGCUGUUAAUGUUUUCUUUUCCGUAAAGAGAAAUUCAAAAAGAAUCAGGCUGCGUUGUAGGCGUUAAAAUGAAAAUCCCUGUAAACUAUCAAGUGACAUAUUUCCAGCGUAAUCACAAACUUCAAGUUGUGAUGUUUAUCUUUUAAAAGUGGUAAAUGACUGGCGAGUAAAUGUUCAAGCACUCUCCUCUCUCCUUAGACACUUACACAAAUGAAUCUAAAGGCUGAAAAAGAUGCAUUGAUCGACUGUCAAACUGGUGUAAAAUCAGACUUUCAGCCUGUUUGAUGGUGUGCAAAUUUAAAUCCCACAUGUAAGAUGUGAGAAAAAUUGUUAUUCCUACAUGAUUUUGAAUGGAAAUUGACUAAAGACACCGUGAAUACUUAAAUUGGAGCCCAGGAUGUGAAAAUAUCAAUGAAACAAUACAACAAAGUAAGGUUUAAAUAAUGUAAUGAAAUAAUUAGAACAGGGAACAAGGAAAACAGGUGCUCUUUCAAUUCAAUGAAUAAUCCAAAACUUAGACAAAGGAGGAGGGAACAAACAUAAAAAUGAAUAAAUCCAUGUGUUCUUCCACAGUCCAAGAGUUUAUUUUAUGUAAAUCUUUGAUAUGAAAUUAAGUAAUCGUCAAUCUCCAAGUAAUCCAAUCUUUUGUCCUACCACUUAAGUUGAACAAGGUGGUGGUUCAGCUCCUGUUUGUUCAUCAUCUUGGUUCGGUUGUAGAAAAAGGGUAACAAAAAAAACAGACCUAAGGGUCAUAGAAAAAAAGAAACAAGUCCUUGAACAACAGUACAUGAACUCCAUAGGAUGUUUAAAUAAUUCAAUAAUAUUGAUUCACAUUUACCUAAAAUGAAAAAAUAAUACAAAAUAACCAUAGUAAAUUAACUUUACAACGAGAAAGUGAGAAAUCGGCAACAAAAAUAACCACAAAAUCAACCUUUACUAAUAGAUUGAACCGGAAAUCUAACAGAAAACAGCGUCUUGCGUACACAGACGCCAGGCCUUAAAUUGGCAAUUUUGGUCGACUGCGCUCGUCGCCAUUUGUGCGGAGCUACGUGAUUGUUAAAAUAACAAAAACGGGUAGAAUAGCUUCGGUUAAACUCACCAUUCGGCAUUUUUUCAUGGAUCCUAUACACCAGCGUUCAACGAUGUCUAGUCUCACGCCAUACCGCGCUCCCGUUUGAAGGGAGGAAGGAAAGGGAAGUGAUCCGUGACCGGGAUAUUGAUGAUAGGUGACCUGAACUCUGAUUGGUUUAUUGUCGAGGCGGUAAUGAGGUCUUAAAUAAUGGUCCUUGAUGGCAUGGCGGACAUUUUGAAUUACACUUUUUUUUUUUUUUUAACAUUAAUUCUUAUUUUUUCACCAAGAUUACACACAGAGAGCCUUUCAGUUUUUCACAAACUUCAAGGUUGCUACUUAUCCUACAAAUAGCCGCAACAAAUUUUAUGACAGAUGUGUAAUUAGCAUUAAAUCUCUAAUCAUCACAGGCCAACUUUGAGCUUGAAAUCCAGCUCUGAAGGCGCCCCAUGCCUAUCAGUCACGAGUCUUUAUCUGAAUGUUUGUCACAGUGCAAACACAGAAUUGUUCUGUUGAAGAAAGGGGAAGAAAGCCGCAGACACGUGGUGAUAAAGAUCUUUACGUUAAGCCCUCGUGAAAUCACGAUGAUAUAAAAAUUUCGUAAAGGUCAAAAGUAUAUCAGCUGCUCAGAGAGUGGUGGCUUUGUCUUAGUUUAUAGUCUGAAUGGACUGUCUUUCAUUUGACAGACAAUCAUUUAAAUCUGUUAUUUUAUUAAAGAAAAACUCCAAAGACAACAUCACGUGUUGAGAGCAAAAAACCUUGACGUUUAAUGAAAAAUGCUGGUAAUCUUGUCAUACAUUCACGUUUUAUCAAUGAAUUUCACGUGUCCUGCAUGUGUGAGGUUUGCAAACGCUGUUGUUUCCUCUGAGUCAAAAGUGAAACCACUCACCUCAAGAUUUCAACACAGAGCGUGCAGGGAAGUCGGAAAGUCCUGCAAGAUGACCUGACUCAUCACAUUGAAAUGAAUCACUCACACAGAUUUUUUAAUGGAUUGUUUGAGAGGUCAGGAAAAUACAGAAUGAAAUCAGCUCCAGUCAGGACAACAGAUGUUACUGUGACAUCGAUGGAGAACUUGAAAGUAAAAUAACACAUCUGUCAAAUUGAGGAAGGGAGGACAAGUGGAGCAACACACCACUUCACAAACUAACACACACAGUAGACACUGCCUCAUAAGUCAGGUUUUUUCUCAUGCUCAAGAAGUAAGCUUUAAUUUUUGGAGGAUUAUAAGUUACAGAACAUGAAUGAAAUCUUACGCCUCAUAGGUAACACCACUGCAGCUUCCCUGCUGCUGUUUUUAGCAACCAAGAGUGAUGUCAGUGGAUAUAAAAAUGAUCACAGCAGGUCCGAACUUGCCUUCGACCGGACCGAUUGCCUAUCUGAUAAAGCUCUGCCCAUUAAGCCAAAGGCAGGCCUGUGUCUGAUCUUGCAAUUAUGUGAUUCCCACCUCCCAGGCGAGUUCUGACUCAUCUGGAUGUGAGGUUUAACCUCUUGUUACACGUCAGCAAGUGCAUGGAAUAACCCAAACAUCUUUCUGUGACAGAUACUGGGAUCAUGAGCUCCAGAAGGGGGCUAAAGAGAUGCGGACACCAAGCCUGUCCACGGCCAUCAUUAAGUGCUACUGGAAAUCAUACGCAGUGUUGGGGUUUUUCACACUCAUUGAAGUAAGUGUGUUGACAUCAGGGAGGGAAUAACGGAAAACUUUUUGUUUUUUUAAUGUAGUUUGAAAGUCAUUGAUAUAAAAAAAAUGACAUAAAUAAUAUAUAAUGAAAAAAACUAAAUGAUUUCUACACAGAUCUCCUGCUUGUUCCUGCACAACAGACUUCUACAGACACAGAAUUAAAAUAUAAAGCUGCUUUAGUUAAUGUAAUUACUGUUUUUAACCCUCUCCAGACUGUUAGGAGCCUGUUAAAAAACCCAGGUGCAUCCAAUGAUACAGAAAUCCAAUCCUAGAUAUCAGCAUUGGUAUCUGUAGUUAUAUUUCCAAUACAAUAUGUGAGGUAUUACUGUAAUUUCUGAUAUCGAUGUCUAUAGUAGUUCUUUUUGAGAGUCUGAUCUUACAGCAGGCAUUUAUUGCUGAGAUCUAAUCCUACAUUUAAGGUAGUAUUAGAGUAAUUUCUAAUAUUGGCAGUGUUAUUGGUAUCUGUCUAUCUAUCAGGUCUAGUUUUGAAGAAGCAGAUCAAUCGACUUUACUCGCUGGAGAUCAUUUAACCUUUUUCCAUUCAACAGAUUUGAUCAGAGCGUGUUGCGUUUUUUUAAUCACUCAUGAGAAUACUCUUGUCUUCUGUUAUUGUAAUCAGAGCAACAUGAUACUCAUCCCUCUCCGUAUCUUGCUCUGCACAUCAGGAGGUGAUUAAAGUCAUCCAGCCGGUCGUUUUGGGGAAAAUGGUCCAAUAUUUCGAGAACUAUGAUCCAGACAACACACAAGCUCUGUACGACGCCUUGGGCUACGCUGCCGCCAUGUCCAUCUGCACCAUCGGCCUGGCGCUGCUGCAUCACCUCUACUUCUAUCAUGUCCAGAGGACGGGCAUGAAGAUUAGAGUGGCCAUGUGUCACAUGAUCUACAAGAAGGUCAGUAACGGGGAAAACAAGGGUCUGCUUAAUCGUUUGGAAGUGAUGCUGUAAUUCUUUUUACUGGCAAGAUCUGUCAUGAUGAUUACUUAUAGAGGAGUUUGACAGAAAACGGCCCCGAAGUUAGAAUUAGCAAUGGAUGACAAACUUAUCUAUUGUGGUGUUUUUGUAACUUUCUCAACAUGUACCCCUGAUUAACAGGGAUUUGUUGACCUCUUCUUUGUCUAUCUCUUCUCAGGCUUUGUGUCUCAGCAGCUCCGCAAUGGGCAAGACCACCACAGGCCAGAUUGUCAACCUCCUCUCCAAUGAUGUCAACAGAUUCGAUGAUGUAGGUGAAAACUUAUAUCCUAUAAUCCAGGUCGUGUAUUUUGGUUGUACCGCCAAAGGAAGGAGGCCUUUAUAUGAGGCAGGCUUGUAUUAGAGGCCCUAAGUCAAAUUCUGGAUUUCCAAGAGGUACAGUAUUCACAUUUUGGUACAAAGUGAGGGUAGACCUGAAAAAUUGAUUGGGUUUGAAAAUGCACUCAGUUGGCUAAUUUGAACCUCUUUCUAUGCAGAUGAGCCUCUUUGCCAAAACACCAGUCAAAAACUUUCACCUGUAUGACUGAGAAUUGGCGCAGACUACAACCUGGAUCACAGCCUCUGUUUGCUAAAAAGGGAGUGUAGUCUAAUUAUGUAAUCUGGGAAGAGUUCAGCUUAAUGUUUCAGGUCAUCACCCAAAGGCGCUCAUGUUCCUCGCAUGAUUACAGGUAGAGGAGACACAUUGUUGUAAUGGGCGUGAUAUGAUUUAGUGUAUGUGGUUAGGCUGGCUCUCACGUUAGCGUUUCCCUGACUUCACUGAAAACACAGGCGGGUAUCUCCUCGAGGUUCAGGCUUGAUUUAAGCCCCGAGUCUUUGUUGCUCCAAACUCAGCCCGUCUCUGUGGAGAGUUGGGUUUCGUUUUAAUCUGUGGGUGAAAGCCUGCUGUGAAAACACUGCUUCUUCAGGGUAUUUCAGUUUCCAGGCAAUGAGCCAUGAAUUAGUCCACGUCAUGCUCUCACGCUGCCUGUGGAGUGACUUUACCUUUGCUGUAAAACCUGCACAGAGCAGACUUAGUGGAGUUUAGAGCAUCAACAGUAACACCAGUGACCCCUUUUCGACAGGUGACCAUCUUCCUGCACUUCCUGUGGGUGGGGCCUCUACAGGCGGCGGCGGUCGUGGGACUGCUGUGGUUGGAGAUUGGUGCGUCGUGUCUGGCAGGCAUGGUGGUCCUAAUGUUCCUGAUGCCGAUGCAGACCAUGUUUGGGAGGCUUUUCUCUAAAUUCAGGUAACAAAUGCUCCAAAAGACGUGCACAAACACAAAUCCAGAGAUGGCGUUCCAGCUGAGACUUCUCCAGUAGAUUCCUCCAGCCCCUGCACCUCUUAGCUACUGUUACUACGCCUGCCACACUUUCCAAAACAGAGACUAGUCUUUCUUUUUUUAAUGUCAUUAAACUUAAACUUGGGAUGAAAGGUCCCAACUGGAAAUAUACAAGCAAUAUUUCUUAGCUUGAAUCUUUAUAAACUCAAAAAUAAGUAAUUGUUCAGUCACAGCUGAAAAUAUAGGCUACAGGAUAUUGCAAAGAAAAGUUCACGUAGCGUUUUCAGCAGCCUUAACAGUUGAUUGUAACACAAGUCUAAUACAUCAAAAGGCAAAUAUCCAAUCAUAGAUUAGGAUUUUGUUUUUGUUUUUUUUGGUCCUUUUAUUAGUUUAAAUCACCAAAAACUUUCUUUUCUUGAAAAUCUAAGAACACAGUUUCUCAAGAUCCUGUCUCGUCAUGUGUGACGGUUGUAGUCGAGCUUUUGGAAAUAGUUGUUUCAGCUGCCGAAAGGAGGAUCAGUUACAACCAUCUCCCUUUGGGUGAGAAUGUCAGGUUAGGAAAAAGUUCAGACACAGUCACCGGGAUCGAGAUCUGACCGGAUUUGUAAGUUUGGAGAAGAGGAAAAGAUUAGUCCCUCUCUCUGACCCAGUUCCCAGGCUCUCUUGAGUAUCACACGGCUGGUGAGUGACAGCAGAAUGUGGGAGUAAGAGGGGUACCAUGCUGUGUGUCAUGAGUGGAAGUUAAGUCAGUGUGGGCUUACCAGAGAGGGUUUUUUUUAAUCGUGCAGAUAUGACAUGAUGCUCAGGAAUCAGAACUUCGCACAUGUUUGCUCUCCUGUCUUUGAAAUUAAUAAUGAUAUUGCAAGUUCCAUCAGAUCACGCAGGGGUGAAACAUGUUGCACAGCGUUAAAACUCAUUUAAUAGAUAAUGACAUAAGAGUAAAAACAUCACAUUUACAACUCACCCAAACCAUGAUCUUUUGUUUGCAGGAGCAAGACAGCUGUUCUGACUGACAGCCGGAUCCGCACAAUGAACGAGGUGGUGUCUGGAAUUAGGAUUAUCAAGAUGUACGCCUGGGAGAAACCCUUCUCUGCUCUGGUCUCUGAUGUCAGAAGGUAAAAAAUUAAACAAGAGAGAGAGAGAGUUGAAAGGAGUCAGCAGUUUUCUGUUAAACAGGAGGAUAAAUAAACAUCAAAGUCAGCUGGUAAAAACAGGCAAAAGUUUUUCAUUUGUUUACUGCAAGUGUUCAUGUUGUACUCACUUUAAUAAUCAAGUUGAAUCAUUCAAGUCUAACUGGUUCAUCACAGUGAACGAAAGAAGACGCCCGGUUAAGAGCAGGUGACCUGAAACGAGUUCUGACUUUCAAUUUGUCACUCAAACACUGUGACGUACUGCAAAGUGACAAGGGCGGCUGAGGCUGCUGAAAUGGGAUCCAGGAUGCGCUUUUGAGUGUUUAAGGGCGAGUGUAGAGUCCCUGUUUACACCUGCUGUUAACAUGGGUCUGAGUGAUUGGAUGACACACUGCAUCAUCCUCGUAUGAGUAACACAGGCUUUAUUGUCGGCUAAUUUUACAUCUAAAUCUGCGGAGUGACUGAUCUGCUUCUGAGGCAGACUUACAGCAUACUUGACCCUUGUAAGUAGUUGGUAAAGUCCCCAUAUCUACCACCAAAAUUAGAAAGGGAAGCAGGAACAUAAUCCUUUGUACCAAAAGGUCCCAGACCCUUUGCUUUGCUCUACUGUCAGCGCUAAAACUCUUGAUCCAGAUCGCUGAAGGGUUUAAUUCAAAUAUUAAAGCAGAGAAUUCUUGCGCCGCUAAUGAAGGCUUUAUUCCCGUUAACCCUCUGUAAUAUCACAAAGACUUCCAGGAUCCUAUUAUGUAACACCCAUCCUGGUUUGAGGCCCUGACCAAGUGUCUCUGUUGUCACAGGAAGGAGAUCUCCAAGAUCAUGAAGAGCUCCUACCUGCGAGGUCUCAACAUGGCGUCCUUCUUCUGCGCCAGCAAGAUCAUCGUCUUUGUCACCUUCACCCUCUACGUCCUACUGGGGAACCCCAUCUCAGCCAGCCGCGUGUUCGUGACAGUGUCGCUGUACACGGCGGUGCGCCUCACCGUCACGCUCUUCUUCCCAAGCGCUAUUGAGAAGCUGUUCGAGUGCAGAGUUAGCAUCCGCAGGAUUCAGGUACGCUGAUUUGAAAUCUGACUAUUUAACGGAGCAUAUUUGACAAGGUGUUGCUCCUCAGUGGAGGUACAGUAACGACACCAACAUCACCACAUUGAAAUAGCAGCAACGCUCUGUUGCUGUUACUCUCUGGUGCAACUUUCCCCUCACAAGAGUGUAAUUUUAAGGUCAUAAGAUCAUCUGCAGAAACUAAUUUUCCAUUCAAAUGAGCCCCUGAUGACUUAAAUUUGAUAAACUGGAAUAACAUGCUCUUGCUGCGGCCUUGCUUUCUUUUGAAAUCUGUGUAACAGCAGACUUGAGUGUUCCCCUGCACAUGGAAUUUUGGCUGACACCGCAGUCUGGGCAGAUUUUUAAUCUCUUUUAGUGCAGCAGCUUAAAGGUCCAGCUCUGUGUUGCUGACACCUCUCUCUAUUUGUAGUCUCUUGUAAAGUUAUGGUCAGCCUUAUAAUGUAAUAAAAAUCUGCUUAGGUGUCGGUUGUAAAACGUUACGUAAUGUUUGAAUCACUUUGGCGUGAAGCUGCUGGAAACACCUUUAUAACUUAAGUGUGUUUGUUACGUAACUUCUAUCGAGGCAAUCCUAGUGCUGAUUUUACUGUUAUAUGACUCUUUAUAUGACUCUACUGUCUGUCUCACCUUCUAGGAGUUCCUGCUGUUGGAGGAGAUCGCUAAAGGCAGAGCGGCGCUGCCACAGAAUGAGAAGAAAGACGCCUCGGUGGAGAUUCAGGACCUGACCUGCUACUGGGACAAGGUCUGAUACCUUACAUUUAUCCUAGUAAUCGCUCUUUGGUAACCCACAUGAUAAAACCCACCAAGGAAUCUUCAUUAACCCCCAUCAUAGACACUGCUUCGCACAUUAAAUGCAUUUACGGUUGUUUACUGUAAAUGCAUAAAUUUCCACAUCUAAAUCCGUCUUUAGAGGCAGAUAUGCUGCAGAUAUGACUGUAAUUUCCAGCGUCAUUUCCAAACAUCCAUCAAUCUGCUGCUACUUCCCAGGAGUUUAACAGGUCCUACAAGUUAACUUAAAAAAACAUAGGUUAGCAUCCUGAGGCACAUGACAACAAAGGUAAACAACUUGAACCUUUUAGUGGUUUUAAAGCCUCACUUUAACUGCACGACAGAAACGUAAACAACGUAGUUUGUACAGUAGAUGAGGUAGUAGAUCAAAGUAGUAAACAGUAAAAACUGGAUAAUGCAUCAUAGUAGAAUAUAAUGAGUGUAACACGAAAAUAGUUAAAAUGUUACGGUUAAAAUGGUAGGUAGGGCUGCACUUAUACUUGUAUUUUCACGACAAAUCAUGAUUUUAGCCUUCCUAUUUACAAAGACACCUGACUGACAUGUUUUUCUGAUGUCUUUUAUUAGAGUUAAAGUGCGAGCACACUUGCCCUGCACCCUAAAAUCCUUGAAUAAUAUGAACUCAAUGAAGAAACCUGCCUAAAUUUCUAGGUCUGACUUAUCCCAAAUUCUUAUUGCUGCGUAGAGGAGAGAGGAUCGAGGAGAGAGGAGGGAAAUGUGAGGCUGAUUCAAGCUCUUUUCAGGACUAAAAUAACUGACAAGAAACUGGACUUUUCCACAAUAUUCUUGUUUUUUUUAUGUUGGCAAGCUGUAGUCGUGGCGAUUCAGACAAAAAUGUAACAUAUGGAACAGUACACAGGCUACAAUAUCUGUAAAAUAUGAUAUUGUCUUUUGAAAUCUGUGCCUCCAAAUCUCAUAUCUGUCUGGCUCCUGCCUCCAGAGUUUUACUAUUUUAAUAUUUACAUGCGUUUUCUUCCUCCUGCAGACUCUGGAUGCUCCGUCUCUGCAGAACAUCACCUUCAGUCUGAACUCAAAUCAGCUGUUAGCCGUCAUCGGACCAGUCGGAGCUGGAAAGGUGAAUUAUUCACUCAUGUAGUUAUAAAUUUAUGAUCGCUCUAAAAGUUUGUGUGCAGUUUUAACUACUUCGAUGAGCUCAUGUUUAAGUUUUUUUCUCUCUUUAGUCGUCCUUGCUGAGCUCCAUCCUGGGAGAGCUGCCAGAUGAAAAGGGGGUGCUCAAGGUCAGAGGUCAGCUCACCUAUGCCGCCCAGCAGCCCUGGGUGUUCCCUGGAACCAUCCGCAGCAACAUCCUGUUUGGCAAAGAUAUGGACCAGCAGAAGUACGAACGAGUCAUCCGAGCCUGCGCGCUGAAGAGGGUGAGAGGCGUUUUUAUUUAGCGGCACGCCACGUUUAAAGGAAGGCUCGGCUCGUUUUGUGUUUAGAAGGUCAAGAGGCGGAUUUAAAGUUUGUCAGACAGGAUGGGCUGGAUGAAAGAGGUGUUAUGAAUAAUAGAAUAGGAUUUUGUUUUUGGUUUAGAGUUCGCACACAGUAACUCAGUGAACCCUGAGAGUGAAAAGCAGCGCUUCAGGUCAUGAUGGUGUACCCAUGUGGAUAAUGUGAAACAGUAACAUCGACGCUGUAACCGUUAGGUGGCCUCCUGAGUAUGAGAUCAUGUUUCCUGAGUCUGCUGGACAGACAGCUGCUGGGUGCAGGGCACAACCUGAACCAGCUGUUUUUAACACUCACGUACCAACGAGGCUUUUAACCUUCAGUGUUUCUCCUGGUGCCUCUGAGUGGAGCAGAAAGGUCGGCAUGUACGAACAGUCUUUGUUUGACAUCCCUGUGCUUCUGCUUCUCUCUCUGGUCUGAAGAGCACGUGGCUCGGCUGGAGGGAGCUGAUGACAGAAGUGUCCUGCACCAAUCAGAGCUGAGCGACAUAUUAAUCAAAAUGUGAUGACAGUUGUUGAGGUUUUGGCUUAUUUUCUAUUUCAAUCAAAGAGACUCGCCCGCGCAUUUUGUUUUCUUUCGGAAAAGUCUGCGAGUUUGAUUUGAACAGUGGUCAGACUCUGGUUAGACUGGGGCAGGAUCACAAUAUGGAAGGGGCUUUUUGUGAUAUUAUUCAUGGGAGCCCAGUAUGAAGAGGCUUUUGGCAGCAGUAGAGAGGAAAAACGUCCUUUUGAACAGGUAGUUACCUCGAGCAGAACCGACAGCACAGAGGGUGGAAGAAGCUGAUCUGGAGGCAAACUAAACCAAUUUGAUCCCUGCUUAAUCUUGAAUAUCUGCACCUCUCAGGGGAGCCAAUCCGAGGAUUCACGCUGGCGCCCCCUAUUUUACAUUAGUUAGAUUAAAUAUCUAUCCCUGACGUAGCCCAAGACAGUAUUUCAUUAAGAACACUUUGAUGUUGCAUAACACGGUGACGUCUGUCUCCUGUGAUUGGCCGACGGUCACACCGAGCCAGACGGCAGCCCACAACACAGGACCUAAACCAAUACACACACUCACACACACACACACUCUCACACACAGACUGCACAACAAGCCAUAUCAGGUUUCCUGCUCAGGUCUCCUUAUCUCCCCUACAAGUCGUGAACACGCCCCAGCUGUGAUGUAAUAUUGAAGAUUUAAAACCAGAGUCUUUUCAGUGAUGCAGAAGGAAGCCGGCAUGAGCUAGAGCGGGGAGUUUGAGCAUGUUUGAGCUUUCCCAGAACCCUAAUCUGUAAACAAAAACGACUCUAGGUUUCUGGGUAACGAUGUGUGUCUAAAAAUAAACAGAAAGUGGGCGAAAAUUGCUCAAAAAGGUGCAAUUACUGCUUAUUCUCUUGGCCGUAAAUCCCUGACCCUGACUUCACUUCACUAAAGCUGUAAGAAACCACUCGUUCCUAACUUUAACAACCCAACUCUAUCUUCAAGUUGAGGAUAUGCUCUCUCAGGUGACAGGUAUUUAUACACAAGGUUGACCCACGUGUGCACUGAGCUGCCAGUGUCUCUUACCCGACUGGAGAAAAGGUUACUGACAGUAAAUGAGUUACAUUUAGCCCUUGUGACUUUCUCCUGUUAAAAAAAGGCAGAAUGAGCCUUUAAAAACCCAAACGACAGACACAGACACCUUUCAUCAGUCAUUGCGCAGACACUCGCUCUUUUUCCCCAUUUAAUGCGUGACUUAUUUUUACUCUAUAAAUGAAGUACAUCGGGUUAUACAGUGUGUCACAUAACGACAGUAAUGUGCUGACUCAUUCAGUGUACACACAGGUUCCUCUCAAUCUGAGCUCAUGUAGUUAUUUGAUUUAAAAGGAGAGGCUAAUUUUACUAAAUGGGUUACAGCUAAUUAGAUGUUUGCUAACAUCUGGAGGAACCUGUUUUAUUUACAGCUGAGCUGUUGUACUUAUUCUGCGGUUUUUGGGGAUUUUUGCCGCCACACAGAUUAAGAAAAAUAGAAACUUUGACGAGAAGAAACUUGACUCAAAGUGAAAGGUCGACGCCUGAAGUUGAACUAGCAGCUGCUUAGACAUAGACCUUUUACACCUUGAAAAUUCACAGUGACAAUGUGUGAUAUUUAUAGAAAACAGAUUUAAAUUCAUAUUAAUGCCUUUUAAAUACUCUGUUCUCACAUUGAGAGGCUAGCACAUGUAGAAGGACAAGUUACAUUUAGUAUGGAGGUUUUGUUUUCGUAGCUAGAAGACCCUCAAGUUAGUCAACCUGCUGAAGUCUUGCAUAAUGUUUUUUUUUGCCUGCUUGGACACGUUCAGGGUCAGCACUGACUGUCUCUGACUUUCUGCCUCUUUACCCUUCACUGCAGCCUCAGGGAGAAAGAGCAAGACUGUGAUCUGCAGUGAAGUCCAUGUGACGAGUGUCUUACUUUUCUUCGUAUUGAAACAUCAGUUAAAUGACAAAAACAGCUCUGAGAGAUCAUUUUGAUAUUGAUACCCUUUCCCUGCUCUCCUCUCUCCACCUUCUGCUCCUUCAAAAAAUGGCAAAAAUACACUGCAGUGAAAUAGAUAUGUCAGAUUUUUAUCGGUCCAUUUAAAGCCUGUUGUGUCUUCUGUGUGCAGGACAUGGAGCUGCUCCCAGAAGGAGACCUGACGCUGAUCGGGGACAGAGGAGCCACGCUCAGCGGAGGCCAGAAAGCUCGAGUCAACCUUGCAAGGUAAGUCAGGAGUAAAUACAUGCUGUAGAAAAAAAUGGCUCUACAUUUACAUAUGAUGCAGCUAAAUGCUAAACGUGUGUGUGCUUCAUCAGGGCUGUGUACCAGGAUGCAGACAUCUACCUCCUGGAUGAUCCUCUGAGCGCCGUGGAUGCCGAGGUCGGGCGACACCUCUUUGAGCAGUAAGUUGUUUCUGAAGUGUACAUAGGUGCUCCGCACCUGGAUUCACUUUGUACAGAACAUCCAGUUUGUCGAGUCAGGGUGGUUUAGAGCGACAAAACUGAGGCAGGAAUCAGAAAGGAGAGACAUAAGUUACUUCAUUUAAUGCUGUUGCUGCUCUACCGUGUAGAUUUUACAGUAAAUGAUGCUCACAGCAGCCAGUGUUACAUCAGUGUUUUUAAACUAUAGUGUUAUAGUCUAAAUACUCUGUCACAAAAGCAGAAAAAGUCACAAAAACUUUGUCUGGAAGAGGUGCGGCGUAGCUCACGUCAGACGGACAAUUGAAUCAGGCUGCGUGUUUCCUGUUUCACUCUACAGCCCCACAGACAAAAACAAGACAAGAAACAAAAACACAAGGUCACCGUGAAUAUAUCAAGUGCUUUUUACUCUUGAAAACUUGUUUCUGUUUCACACGGCCCUGCGUGAGACCGUACUGUGUCUCUGUUUUGAACAGAAAUGAAUAAAUUACACUUUCUAUCAGUUUUACGUCAAAGAGAGGAAAGACAAAGUUCAUCAUUGUGGGUCUACAAAACCACUGCCAGAGGCACUUUGGAAAGUCUGAGGAAAAGUCCUCCAGGGUCCAAAGCUCAUCAGCUGAUCACUGCUCUGAGAGAACAGAUCAGGAGCUACAGUCUGGUUUUUCUUCGUCUGAGCAGUUCUUCAUCAAACAUCCAGAGCUGAGAGCUUAGUGUGGAGGAGUACUUUAACAUUAUAUGUACAUCCGUGUUAGAGACAUAUGACUUAUUUACACUGUUUUCAAGUGAGAAAGUUUCAGGCUAGCUAUCACAUGAAAUUAUAUUAUCCACCAAUGGAACAGCUUCCCCUAAAACAGUCUUCUGAAACAUUUACCCAGCCCAGCUUUUGGUCGCUGUAACGUUUUCUGAAUUCCCUACCUUUACUACGCUCAUUUUUCCCAUUAGCUGCAAGCCAUUAUAUUAAGCUGGCAUGCUAAAGCGCUUACGCUAACUCGCUAGUGCUACCAUAUAUACGUACAACUUACUGAUCAACUUAAUCUGAACAUUUGUAAAACAUUUAAGACAGCACAUUGGAAACAACUGCUUAUUUACCCUCGUUUUCUGCUUUAUCAUUCCGGUAGUUUGUCUUGGUUUGGUCUAGCAUUCAAGUUCUGCUGUUCCAGGUGUACCAAAUGAGUGACAGCUCUAGUGGGUGGGGCCAGCCAAUCAGAUUCCAGGGCUAGCCCCGGUGGCCAUGCCCUUGUGUAGAUGUAUUUCAUUGUGGAAUUUUAAGGGAUAGAGUUAUAAAUGUAUGAUGAUACUUAUAACAACAAAAACAAUAAAAAUGUUUAAAAUAAAUGUUUAGAAUUAAAUUUAUUACAACAGUAAUUUUUAUUGUAAAAUAUUAUGUAUAAUAUAUUAUUUGUUAUAUGAGACAACACACAGCAUGACAUAACAUAACAUGUACCACAUAAACAUAAAUGUUCAUUUUUGUCACAUAAUGUAUUUAUAUUUAUUCAACAAUAUUUUUAUUAGUUUUAUACAGAUAUACACCGGAAACACCUGGAUAUUCCUUUUUUUUUGUUUAAAUAACAAAUUCUGGAGCUAUAACAAAAAAUUAAAAAAAUAAAUAAGUAAAUGAAUAAAAAAAAAAAUACAAGUAAGCUGGAAUUUGGGUUUUGUACAUCUUGAAAAACAAAAGAUGUUAAGAAAUAAAAAGUAAAAAGAGAAAAAGUUAAAUGAACUACUGUGCGUUAAGAGAAAUACAAAUGUAGACAAGCUGCUGAAAACUGAAAAAGUCCAUAAAAGAGAUAAGAAUUUGAAUUGUAUGGUUAUAAAACAUCACAGAAAUAUAUUUCACAAAGAAAAUGUAUUGUAAUGUAUUUAUAUUUAACAAAGCAGAACCACAGUGGAAGUUUUAGGUUUUUUUACCAUGAAGUAAAUUCUUUAUUCUCUCCCGCUCUUGUGAACUACUCUCAACAUUUCAACAGUAUUAAAGUGUUAAAAACUAUUUUUAGGAGUGUCAGUGUAUCUUUAAGCUGACUGUGUUUUCUUUUCCUGUAUCAGGUGUAUCUGCGGCCUGCUGAGGAACAAACCUCGUAUCCUGGUCACCCACCAGCUGCAGUACCUGAAGGCAGCAGACCAGAUCCUGGUCCUGAAAGAGGUCAGUCCCCUUGAACUUAAACUUUACUCUUGACUGCAGGAGACUGUUGUUUCACCGUGGAACAUGAAGCGCCAGAGGCAAGAAGAGCUCUAGUGAACAGACGUAUUUGUAACUCUGUGAGUGAGGUUCAGUGAAGAGAAAUACUGUAAAAAUAACAUGCAGACGUUUUUUCUCUGACUGAGCGUGAGCUGCACUGUUUCUGCAAAGAGAUAGAGAGAUUCAGCUCCUUCUUUUAAUGGAGAAUGUAUAUAAUUUGACAGCUGCUGCAUUCCUGUAGCUGCCUCAGGCGUUACAAUAGCAGAGGCAUUGUUGGAGUAAGCUCACGCGAACUCCGGAGAAUCCCCGAAGAAACGGCGUGAUAUUUCAAACAUUUUUGUCCGAAAUUCUUUGAGUUUGUUGCUCCUGAAGGAUCAGUUCUGAUCCCUGCUGAUUCUCUAUAAUGUAUAAGAAAUAUUAACACAGAAAAUCCUGUCUGUGUGUUGUUGUUUUUUUCAUGUCAGGGUCACAUGGUGGCGAAAGGGACGUAUACAGAGCUGCAGCAGUCUGGAGUGGACUUCACCUCUUUGCUGAAGAAAGAGGAGGAGGAGGAGCAGCAGCAACCCCCACCUCAGGACACCCAAAUCAGGCACAGAACCCUGUCCCAGAACUCGGUGCUCUCGCAGACGUCCUCCAUGCACUCGGUCAAAGAUGGAGACUACUUACCGGUUCGUGAAUCAUUCACACGCUCAGGUUGUCUGUCUGAAUGUUAAACAUGAAUCUUUCUGCAAGUUAAAGCAGAAAUCUGACUAUAGUGAGUGUUUACAAGUGGAGCAAACGCCUUACAUAGUUUGUUGCUGCCACCAAGUGGAGAAUAUAAGACACUGCAGGUAUGAGCAAUCUGGGCACUAAAGGGAUAAUUCACUUUUUUACGGAGAAAGUAACAGACGGAUUGACCUGAAAUUUUCACCAGAGGUGCGUCUCAGCCCCAGGAGGAUUUAAGUCCCAUUAAAUUUUGGUGUUGAUCCGGACAAAAUUCAGGAUACUGUGAUCCAGAACACACAAAAAUAAGGAUGUUGUUGGAAUUUUCAAUGCUAAAAGAUAACCAAUGGGCGGCACAGUGGUGUAGAUAGGUGGUACAGUGGUGUAGUGGUUAGUAUUGUUGCCUCACAACCAGAAGGUUAUGGGUUUGAAUCCUGGUCAGGGCAUUUCUUGUUUAAGGGGGGACACGAGCUGCUUGGCGGAGGUCUUUGCUCUCCAAGUGCUUUUCUAGUUUUAAACAUAAAUCAGAGACACUUAACUUUCUCAGGUCAAUACAUGGAUUAUACUGAUUUAUUCUGAGCGAUGAUAACCUCAAACAGCUCUGAGCGGCUCCUCUGGGUGUCAAAAUAACUCAGAAGAUUAUUUGCUGAUCAGUUGUCACUCAUGCAGGAGGAGACGGUACAGACGGUUGCAGAAGAGAGUCGCGCUCAUGGGACGAUCGGAAUCGGUCUGUACUUGAAAUACCUGAGAGCCGGAGCCAGUAUCCUGUUCCUGCUCACCGUGUUUGUGGUGAACAUCCUGGCUCAGGUAAAGGAAGAUCCUAUCCUGGAUUCCUAGACCUUUAAGAGAAACAUGCGAGGCUGAUCUGACUGCUUUUUUUCUCUUAAAGGUAGCAUACAUCAUGCAGGACUGGUGGCUGGCGUACUGGUGAGUGUUUAAAAAAGCUAAAAUCACACAUGUUCAGUAAAUUGAUCGAUGUGUUUCUCACGUCUUUUUCCUUUUCUAACGUCAGGGCUGACGAACAGGAGAACCUCACUGCCAACAGCACCACUGGAGAUAACAGCACCACCGCACACAACUUCACCAAGCAGCUGGAUUUAAACUUCUACCUCGGCAUUUAUGGAGGUAAUCCAAAAACCAAAAAGGCAUCUAUGCUGCGGCGUGUUUCAGCGGUCUGAAGGAGACGUUCUCUCUGCUGCUUGUUUCCGCAGGUCUGACGAUAGCCACCAUCAUCUUUGGCUUCAUCAGGAAUUUGCUGCUGUUCCACGUUCUGGUCAGGUGUACGCAGGUUCUGCACAACCGCAUGUUUGACGCCAUACUGAGGACGCCCGUGCGCUUCUUUGACAUCAACCCCAUCGGUAAGCAAACAUCUGGACACUACUUCCAGAUAAUAAGCUGAAAUUUCAUCGUUUUAAAACCCGCUGUAAGAGUUUCCUCUGUUGUCUCACCUCAGGAAGAGUCCUGAACAGGUUUUCCAAAGAUGUCGGCCAGCUGGAUUCAAACAUGCCCUGGACAUUUGUGGACUUUAUUCAGGUGAGGAGAUCAUCCCAAAUCAACCCAGAAUUUACAGGACAUGUCACAGUCACACACUCAUACGCUGGUGGCAGAGGCUGCUAUGUAAAGCUCCAUCAGUAAUGACUAAUCACAUUAAGACACUGUUGGACACAACCAAGAGGGGCAACUCAAGAUUAAGUGUCAGCACGGCUUCAAGACUCACACAAAAUACUCUUUUACAGAGCAGUUUGUGAUCCUGGAAUCUUCCUACGAAUAUCCUCUUUUCUUUACCUGAUAAAACCAGCGCUCGUGUAUCUGAUUUGUAGAAAAUAUCUCAAUAUUUACAGCCACCAUUUUGAAAGAAAAGGCAACACAGGUCUCAUCAUAUUUGAUUAUAAAGCUUUAUGUUUCUAAGGAAGUCAGAAAUCUCAAUAAAAAGUCUUAAAAUUGACUUGUUGAAACCUACAGAGACCAUGAAUAUGUUACCGUUAAAGGGAUAUUCUGGUGUAUAAUUAAUUUAGGGUCAAACACACCGUAACACUGAGUUAGACACCCCGUCGAGAGAUGAAUGUUGCCGACUGAUUGCUCGUUUAGAUCCGCAGAAGACAUCGGAUAUAAACGAUUUCUGCCGCUUUUGCAAAGUUCAACUGCAGAAUUAUCGGCUUUCUGAAUGAACAGUGCUUUGAAAAGUCCCGCAGCAUGUGUUAGACGUCACUAUCUACACAUGGACCAAUCAGGGGCUGCCUUUCCCUGUUGUCCGGGGAACAGUGGAAACACGGUCACUGCUUGGCCCGGUUGGGAAUACACGCUCUCUAUGGGCCAAAGUCCAGACUGUUGUGUGAAGGAACAGCAAGUGAUUCACGCAACAGGAUGGCUCAGCCAGGCUAACAUAUAGGGUCCCAGCCACAGUACUAGCCACCAAACAUCUUUUUAGCUUUCCCUGAUUUCUUUAGCAAGGAGACUGAAAACAACUCACCUACUCUCUUUCAGCAGCCGCUUGUUAGUACGGAGACCUUGGGUGAGUUCAUUGUCUGCAGCGGGGUGACACAGCUCAAGGAAGAACAUUUAUGAUCAUUUCUUUAUCAUUUCCUUGAAGUAAUAAUCAUCAUAUUAAUCAUUUUGCACUGCAGAUGCAGUAGUUCUUCUGCCUUAACGUCUCGAUCUGAUUGCAUUUUCAUGAAGAAAUUAUCAUAAAUGUUCUUCCUUGAGCUGCGUCACCCCGCUGCAGACAAUGGACUCGCCCAAGGUCUCCGUACAAACAAACAGCUGCUGGAAGAGAGUAAGUGAGUUGUGUUUAGUCUUCUUGCCAAAGGAAUUGGGCAAAGUUAAAAAGAUGUUGGUGGCUAGUGCUAAAUGUACUGUUGAUGAAGUUAGGUGCUGUUCUGAGCAUUAUUUGUGGCUAUAGAGUGGCGUUUUGGUUGCGCGUGUCGCUCUCUGUAUUGCUAUCGUGUGGUUGUUACUAAAGUUGGUAUAAACAGAGAAGCAAGUGGUCAGUAACAUUCAUCUCUCGAUGGGGUGUCUAACUCGGUGUUACGCUGUGUUUGACCCUCAAUUAAUUUUUCGCUGGAAUAUCCCUUUAACCAGUAACUUCACAAGUCUUGUAACUUGGCAAUCAAAAGGCAGAUUCUCUGGAGUAACUCAAACUCUGUCUCCAGGUUCUGGAUGCAGGGAGAAUCCACACCCAUGAUCACAAAUCAAGCGUUUAAUUGAAACCAAAACAACCGUGAAACGAUCAGAUUUCUCUAACAGGUGUUUUUUUGUGAUCAGGUCUUCCUGCAGAUUCUCGGGGUGAUCGCCGUGUCCGUCUCUAUCAUUCCCUGGAUCCUCAUCCCCGUCGUCCCACUUCUUAUCAUCUUCCUCUAUCUGCGCCGCUACUUCCUACAAACCUCCAGAGACAUCAAACGCCUCGAAUCCACCAGUGAGUGUUCCGCAGUGCGACAGCGCGACUUGAUCCGUACCAUGUCGACUUUACAAGCUGAUUAAAUGACCCAUGUGUGGGAAUGUCGUCCUUCUCCCGCAGCUCGAAGUCCGGUCUUCUCCCACCUGUCGUCUUCUCUUCAGGGUCUGUGGACGAUCAGAGCCUUCAGAGCCGAGGACAGGUUUCAGACAACCUUCGACGCCCAUCAGGAUUUACACUCAGGUUCUCCUCUGCACUUUGAGAUUCUUAGCUCAUCGAGAUCACGUUCGGAUGUAUCCUAACGCAUUCGCUCAUCCUAAACAGAGGCCUGGUUCCUGUUCCUCACCACCUCCAGAUGGUUCGCUCUCCGCCUUGACGGCCUGUGCUCCAUCUUCGUCACCAUCACCACCUUUGGCUGCUUGCUGCUCAGAAACCGUGAGAAGAUCAAUCCUUUCACGCUUUUGUCAGAGAUUGUUGAAUCUUGGAGAUGCAGGGAUAAAAAAAUCUUCUUCUUUUAGAGCUGGAUGCUGGUUCGGUGGGUCUGGCUCUGACUUACUCCGUCACCCUGAUGGGAAUGUUCCAGUGGGGCGUCAGGCAGAGCGCAGAGGUGGAGAACAUGGUGAGAUGAAUUCUUUGUCAGUGUGAGCAGAACAUUUCACUCCGUUUGAUUAUUUUUGAUUGAAUCUUAACGGGACACGUCUUUUGUCCUCAGAUGACAUCCGUGGAGAGAGUGGUGGAGUACACCGAACUGGAGAGUGAAGCACCCUGGGAAACCCAAAAGCGCCCUCCCCCCGACUGGCCCAGCAAAGGUCUGGUAACAUUCGACCAGGUCAGCUUCUCGUACAGCGGAGACGGACCGUUGGUGCUGAAGAACCUGAAGGCCAUGUUUCGCCCACAGGAGAAGGUCGGCUAUCUUUGAACCAAUCGCUAUUUACAUCACAUGACGGUCAACCUGAGCUGACGUGUUCCCCUCUGGGGUCAAGGUGGGGAUUGUGGGUAGGACAGGCGCGGGGAAAAGCUCCCUGGUGUCGGCUCUUUUCCGGCUGGCAGAGCCUCAGGGGAAGAUCUACAUCGACGGCGUUCUGUCGUCUGAGAUCGGCCUCCAUGACCUGCGCCAGAAGAUGUCCAUCAUCCCCCAGGUGAGGACAAAGAAACCGCCUGGCAUUGUGGGUAAAAACAAUCAAAAGUAGACCUACUGGUGAGUGUAGCUCCGGACAAAAGAGGGAAUUAAAGACUUAGUAAAAAUCAGUCCCCGCUGAAUUUCGGUCCUUUUGAAACAAAUCUCUCUUUGUUCUGCGCCGAAAUCUCACGCAGGAUUUCCCCUCUAAUGAUGUUUUUCUGAUAUUAUGUAACUGGAUUGUUAGUGUCAGGCUAAAAAGGCAGACGGAAGCGGAAGUAUAAACAACUCCUAAUACGUGUUUUCUUCAGAAUAAGCUUAAUUCACAUCAUGAGAGAUCCUCGAUGAAGGUUAUUGGAGCUGCCGGCUCCACUUCUUUACCUGCAGCGGAGUCCAGUACAACCCUGACAUUGUGUCUUGGUUGUUGCUGGAAAGCUUCCUGAUCUAAAUCUUGAAAGGAAGUAUUUUUUUCCACAUCUACUAGGAUAAAAGCUGUUUUAAACAAGGAUAAUAAAUCUAUUAAAAACGUACCUUAGAGGAUCUAAAAGGGUCGUUUAAGGCCGGUGUCAGGUGGUGAGAUAGUCCAGGACAGUUAGAAGUAGUUCGCUCUUUGUUAUGUAAAUUAAAGACCCAAGUACUCAGUCCGACAUCUAUGCCGUUCUUUAGGACCCCGUGCUGUUCACAGGCUCCAUGAGGAAGAACUUGGACCCCUUUAACUACCACAAUGAUGAAGAGCUGUGGAACGCCCUGCAGGAGGUCAGUCAAACCCUUAGACUCGCUCACAAUCACACACGGUCGAAGACGUGACAAGUCCUGAUGAUGUUGAUUCUCCCUGCAGGUGCAGCUGAAGUCCGUGGUGGAGGAGCUGCCCGGUAAGCUGGAGACGGUCCUAGCUGAGUCGGGGUCCAACUUCAGCGUGGGUCAGAGACAGCUGGUGUGUUUGGCCAGAGCCAUCCUGAGGAAAAACCGCAUCCUCAUCAUCGACGAGGCCACGGCGAACGUGGACCCCAGGUACACUGACACUACUCAGUCCUCUCAGGUUUGAGUUUCAAGAAACAGGACAAAGACUUGCUUUAAAUCAAAUCUUUAUAUUUUCAUGUAACAAAGACAAAAAAAAAAUCAAUAAAACUUCUUUUUCACUUGUGCAGGACGGACGAACUGAUCCAGAAAACAAUACGAGACAAGUUCAGAGACUGUACUGUGCUGACAAUCGCCCAUCGCCUCAACACCAUCAUCGACAGUGACAGGAUACUGGUGAGUCUGUCUGUUGUACUGAAUAUAACCUUUUGGUCAUUUUGAAGGCAAAUCAUGAUGGCCUCAUAAUCAACAUUUAAUCUUACUCAAAAGUGCCGUCUGUGGAGUAAUAGUGCCCUCUUUUGGCAAUUUUGAUUCCUGCUGCUGAAUGACUCCAGUGUGCAAAUACAAAAAAUGCUGCUUUGCUGCCCUCUUGUGGUUUAAAAUUCGCUUUGCAGUCAAGUGAGAAACUACAGGGAUAUCUAAAUAAAUCAGAAAAUCAUGAAAAGUUUAAAUUUUGUUGUAAUUUAAAAGACUCUAAACAAUCAGAAAUUAAACAACCAUGAUGAUCACUUUUGUGUUAUACAUUUAAGCAACAUGAAAAAAGGAUUUAAUUUCUGCUUUUAUGUGAACGCUUCAUGUUUAAGGCUGAGUUAAUUCCAACAAGUGUCACAAGAACUCAUCCUGAUAAGAUUAAGCAGCGAGUCUGAGCCUCCUCACCAAUGAAAGGAAUCUGAUUUGAGUUACUCACAGCGCUUGAAAAGAUUCCACACUGUUAUACCUUUGGAUAACACACAGCUCUCACUGUCAGCAGUCUGAAUAUAAAAAAGCUGAGAGUGUCGUCAAGGAUAAUAGAGGGGAAUCUGUAAAAUGCUGUUAGCAGCACAAACAGAGUCCUGUAACUACAUGAGUCCUUGAACUUAAUGAGGCCCGUAACUUAAAGGGAUAUUCCAGCGUAAAAUUAAUUCAGGUUCAAACACACAGUAACACCGAGUUAGACACCCCAUCGAGAGAUGAAUGUUGCCAACCGCUUACUUCUCUAGUUAUACCAACUUUAGUAACGACCGCAAGAUAGCAAUACAGAGCAGUCUGAGGAGCCACGUGCUCAACCAAAACGCCACUCUAUAGCCACAAAUAAUGCUCAGAACAGCACCUAACUUCAUCAACAGGACAUAUAGGGUCCCUUUAUAGCCACCAAACAUCUUUUUAACUUUGCCUGAUUUCUUUAGCAAAGAGACUGAACACAACUCACCUACUCUCUUCCAGCAGCAGCUUGUUUGUAUGGAGACCUCCGGGUGAGUCCAUCGACUGCAGCGGGGUGAUGCAGAUCAAGGAAGAACAUUUAUGAUAAUUUCUUCAUGGAAAUGCAAUCAGACCGAGACGCUAAGGCAGAAGAACUACCGCGUCUGAAGUGCAAAAUGAUUAAUACGAUGAUUAUUACUUUAAGGAAAUGAUAAAGAAAUGAUCAUAAAUGUUCUUCCUUGAGCUGCGUCACCCCGCAGCAGUCGAUGGACUCACCCUGGAGGUCUCCAUACAAACAAGCGGCUGCUGGAAGAGAGUAGGUGAGUUGUGGUUAGUCUCUUUGCUAAAGAAAUCAGGCAAAGUUAAAAAGAUGUUUGGUGGUUAGUACUUUGGCUGGGACCCUAUAUGUACUGUUGAUGAAGUUAGGUGCUGUUCUGAGCAUUAUUUGUGGCUAUAGAGUGGCGUUUUGGUUGAGUGCGUGGCUCUCUGUAUUGCUAUCGUGCAGUUGCUACUAAAGUUGGUAUAACUAGAAGAAGCAAGCGGUCGGCAACAUUCAUCUCUCAACGGGGUGUCUAACUCGGCGUUACGGUGUGUUUGACCCUAAAUUAAUUUUACGAGAGAAUAUCUCUUUAACCAGUAACUUCACGGGUCUUGUAACGUAAAGAGUAACUUAAUGUGUCCUGUAACUUAACAAGUCUUGUAACUUUGCAGUCAAAAGGCAGAUUCUUUGGAAUAACUCAAACUCUGUCUCCAGGUUCUGGAUGCAGGGAGAAUCCACGCCUACGAUGAGCCGUACACCCUGCUCCAAGACACAGAGGGAAUCUUCUAUAAAAUGGUCCAGCAGACUGGUAAGCAGGAGGCAGCAGCUCUGCUACAGGCAGCUAAACAGGUGAGUUCAAUCCUUCAGAACAGCUGAUUUCAUCCACAAUCACAGCGGGACGAGCUUCUUGUGUCUGAUCAUGUGUUUUUUUUUUUAUUUUCCCUUCAGGCUUACAACACCAGAAGCCGUCCAGUCAUUUCAAACGGCCAUGCAGAAACCUCGGACGGUAACUUGGUUAUCUUCGAGACGGCUCUGUGAGAUGCUCAGGGAGGCACCGAUUUGCUGCUUCACCACAAGACCUCAGAAAGUGCCUGGGCUCGCACCGUGCACCACCUUCCCCGCUCCCUCAGCCUCCGAUGAAGGCGCUCAGGGCCUGGUAAAAAGAAAGGGCUCCCUCCACGACAGCUGGCGAGGAGGCUGAGGAGCUACAGAGGCUCACGAGAGCCUCCGACGGCUGAGCCGAACACACACCAAGCUGAUAUUUCUUCGAAGCUAAGAAAGCAUGGAAAUCACUACUGUAAAAACUGUUCUCAAUCACUAUUUAUUUUCUCAGCUUUCUAUUUAUCGCACCUGAACUAAUUGCUGCUCGCACUGGUGAUGCCUUUAUAAAUCGCUUUACACGGCCGCCUAAUCCUUAAACUGUCAGUGCCUUAUGUCACGUUUGCAGAAGACUGUAUAGUGUUAAUUUAACCAAUGACGGCGGCGUGUCUUUACCCAAAGUUGCCUUUGUUUUUUGUAAAUACAGUAGCAUGAAUGCACAGGCGGAAUGAUAACCAAAUGUAAGAAACCACACAUUAGCAGCAGCAGUUUCUACAAUCUCAGUAAAAGUCUGUUUUUUUUUACGUUUGUUUGAAACUUUUCUGAUGAGUACUGAUUGUAAAAGAAACUAUUUUUAUUUGUAAAGUUUCCUUUUUAUACCGCUCCUCUUCACCACACUGUGAGGGUCAGAUGGUUAAGUGAACCCGGCUGCUACAUCUGUUGUUAUGUUCUCUUGUAACUGUCGUAUUUACUGUUGGAAAUGUGUCACGACUAUCAAACUUGUUGAAAUCUUCAUAAACACCUAAGACAACCA